AUGAACAUUAUGGACUCGGAGAAUCGGGUAGUGCUGAAUGUGGGCGGUAUACGGCACGAAACGUACAAGGCGACGCUCAAGAAGAUUCCUGCCACGCGCCUCUCGCGCCUAACCGAGGCACUGGCCAAUUACGAUCCGAUCCUGAACGAGUACUUCUUCGAUCGGCAUCCGGGCGUGUUCGCACAGGUGCUCAAUUACUAUCGCACCGGUAAACUGCACUAUCCAACCGAUGUCUGCGGUCCACUUUUCGAGGAAGAGCUAGAAUUUUGGGGCCUGGAUUCCAACCAGGUUGAACCGUGCUGCUGGAUGACCUAUACGCAGCAUCGUGAUACGCAGGAAACGCUUGCCGUGCUGGAGCGGCUCGAUCUCGACACGGAGAAACCGACGGAGGAGGAACUAGCUAGGAAAUUCGGUUACGAGGACGAUUAUCUAAAGGGUACGGUUUCCUGGUGGCAGCACACGAAACCGCAAAUUUGGUCGCUGUUCGACGAACCGUACAGCUCCAACGCUGCCAAGAUAAUCGGUGUGAUAUCGGUGUUCUUCAUCUGCGUCUCCAUCCUGUCCUUCUGUCUGAAAACGCACCCUGACAUGCGGGUACCGGUAAUACGGAACAUCACGGUCAAGACGGCCAACGGCAGUACGGCCUGGGUGUUGGACAAAACGCAAACGAACGCCCACGUCGCGUUCUUCUACAUCGAAUGUGUCUGCAAUGCGUGGUUUACGUUCGAAAUUUUGAUACGCUUUAUCUCCUCACCCAACAAGUGCGAGUUUGUCACGUCAUCUGUAAAUAUUAUCGACUACAUCGCAACGCUUAGCUUCUACGUGGAUCUGGUGCUGCAACGGUUCGCAUCGCACCUGGAAAAUGCGGACAUUCUCGAGUUUUUCUCCAUCAUCCGCAUCAUGCGACUGUUCAAGCUGACACGCCACUCGUCCGGUCUGAAGAUUCUCAUCCAGACGUUUCGUGCGUCAGCCAAGGAGCUUACGCUGCUGGUGUUUUUCCUCGUGCUUGGCAUCGUGAUAUUCGCCAGUCUCGUGUACUACGCCGAACGCAUCCAGGCAAACCCGCAUAACGACUUCAACAGCAUCCCGCUCGGAUUGUGGUGGGCCCUGGUAACGAUGACCACUGUCGGGUACGGAGAUAUGGCACCGAAAACGUACAUCGGGAUGUUUGUCGGUGCGCUGUGUGCGUUGGCCGGUGUACUAACGAUAGCACUUCCAGUUCCCGUCAUUGUGAGUAACUUUGCAAUGUACUACUCGCACACGCAGGCCCGGGCGAAGUUGCCCAAAAAGCGACGGCGAGUACUACCUGUGGAGCAACCACGACAACCACGUACUGCAGGUCAAGGCGGUGGCAUUGGUAUGCCCGGUUCCGGCCCGAUGGCACGCCGCAUGAACCAGGUGAAGACAAAAGAUCUGGGACCGAAAAUUGGUCCGAUCGGUGCCAGUAUCGUCGCGAUGUGUCCGAAAAACGUUGGCCUUCACACCAAUCCAGCCCUGGCCAUGUGCAAGCCAACAUUCGAGGUACGCCCGCCGAGCAUAGCGCCCACACCGAUGAUGUUGGUUCCACGCGAUUCAAGCUACAAACCGACCGUUACCACGCCGACGACAAACAGUGGACCGACGCUGGCAGCACUCGGCAACGUCACCAGCACCACCAACAAUAACAGCACAUCGGUCGCCAACAACAACAACACCACCAAGAGCAACAGUAAUGGCGCCGGUGGUAAACUGAUCGCCAACAGUACCAGUCAGUGCAAUAUUGUGAAAAGUGCUAGCGGACAGCUGGCGAACUCGGUGCUCAAGAGCAACGGAACAACGGCGAAGGAGACGUCAUCUGAGGAGAAAAGUUUUCUUUGA